UAAAACUAGCGCAGACAUUUGUACAGGACGUUACUCAGAAGUAGCCUAAACUAUGCAGAUUCCUGUAUUCACUGUUGAUGCCUUUACAAACAAACCCUUUUGUGGGAACCCUGCAGCUGUCUGUUUGAUUGAAGACGAAUUGCAGGAUGACAUUUGCCAAAAGAUCGGUUCUGAAAUGAAUUUAUCAGAGACAGCAUUCAUUAAGAAGCUGAAUUCUACGGAUACGUUUAGCUCAGCUUCCCGCUUUGGACUGAGGUGGUUUACACCAGCAACAGAGGUUCCUCUCUGCGGACAUGCAACCUUAGCAUCAGCAGCUGUGUUGUUCUACAUCCAAAAAAAUGCAAACUCAUCUCUCACAUUUGAAACUCUGAGUGGAGAGCUGUAUGCCAGACUGUCAGCUGACCAUAUCAUCUUAGACUUUCCAAUCCAUACAUCAACAGCACAGGAUCCCCAGGAAAUAAAAGAACUGAUUAAAACAGCUGUAGGCGACCUUGCCGUUCAAGAUGUUCGCUACUCCAGUGCGACAAAGAAACUUCUUGUACGUCUGUGUGACACUUAUGACAGGUCUGUGCUGGAGAGCCUGAAGCCAGACACUGAAUCUCUGAUGAAAAGUGACAGCACAGGAAAGGUGGCAGGACUGAUCAUCACGUUGAAAGGAAAUCAAAACGGCAACUAUGACUUUUACUCCAGAUAUUUUGCUCCGUGGUACGGUGUUCCAGAGGAUCCCGUCACAGGGUCUGCACACACAGUGUUGGCCAGCUAUUGGUCAGAGGAACUUGGAAAAAAAGAGAUGCUUGCCUGUCAGUGCUCUCGUCGAGGAGGACAGCUGAAGAUCACAGUGAGGGGUGAAGGGAGAGUGGACAUUGCUGGGCAGACCGUGACUGUGCUGAGUGGGAACCUUGUGCUAUAAAACACCUGAAUGGAAUGAGAAUUGCCCCGAAUAAUACUAAUAAAACAACAAUCUGGUCUGAU